AUGUAGCAGCCAGCAGGGCUGCAGGGAGGCAGGACUGCUGGACAAGGCCCAGGGUAUAAAAACUAAGAGUGACUUAGGAUGUUAUGCUGUGCCAGCAGAGAGGAGAAGCAUGGGCCACCUCUGGAUUAAGAUGCACGGCCCCUUUAAGAGCUGCACACCUCCAAAGGGACACUUGCUGUAGGCAUGGCCUUGGGCCCCCUCAUCUUCCUGGCCGUUCUGGCUCUGGUCCACCACCCCCGGAUGGUCAGUGACGACACAGACUUGGCCACACUGCACCGGCUGCAGGAGCACGAGAAACUGAUGCAAACAGAAAUGGGGCGCCUGCAGGUGGAACUGGACCAGAAGGGCUGGAGCUGGGAUCCAAGCCAGGGCCGAGAGGACUCGGUGAGAUUGGAUCAGGCAGCGGAGGAUGGAACCUGGGAUGGGUGGCACUAUGUGGGGCUGAUCAUCCUCAUCCUCUUUGGGUGCUGCAGGCACACCAUGGAGAAGGAACCCUGCUACGACUCCAGCACUGACAGCUCCGGCACCGACACCAACGAAGAAGACGAAGAUGAGGACGAAGAAGAGGAUGAUGAUGAUGCUGACGUAGACAUGGAGCCCGACUUGCAUGCCACAAAGCAGAGGGUGCUGGAGGCGUUCUACGAGCAUCACAUAGAGGCAGAAACUCACGACCUGGCCAGCAUGUGUGACUUUGUUGAGGCCUUUGUGAACGACUUGCUGGAGGCUUGUCGCAAUGCCCUUCCCCACCAGAACACCCUCCCUCUGCUGGAGAACUGCAUCGGGGUGGACAGCGCCUUUGAAGGAUGGCACACACGGAAGGGCCCCAAGGCCUUUGGCGUGCUGGUGCCUGUGCUGGCCCCGAAGGGCCACUCCUUCCAUGUGGAGACGGACGACUCAGACAGCAGCCCGAGCAAGCAUGGGCACAUUGUGGUGGAGAUGGAGUGCAUGUGCAAGCGGGAGAAGUUGCUCGGGGACGUGGUCUGCUUCCUGCACCACCCGGAGUAUGAACCCAGCAAGGACAGGCAGGGUGCCUUCCUCAUGCACGUCUUGUGCAGCAGCUCCCACUUGGAUGUGGAGAAGACCAUCCACUGGUUCCAGGCUCUGGUCGGCAAGGCCUGGGGUAGCAUCAGCCCCAAGUACAACCUCGAACUCGUGCCCCAACCGUCCAACACAGCUUGCCGGCUGAAGUUGGUGUUUAAGUCUGGGAGGUCCAUCUUUGUUGACAUCAUCUUGGGGGUGCAGCAAGGAGAUUCCUUGGUCUUCCUAGCCACCCAGGGUGCCGAGAGAGACCAUUUAACCGGCACGAUGUGGCAGAGGAGCUUUGUUGUCCAGGAGCUGCUCUUUUUCAAAUGGGCAAGCCAGAGGGCCCCGGAAGAGAGCUGCCACCUGAAAUGCCUCCAGAUCCUCAUCUAUUUGAAGGAGUCCAGCCUGCCAGACGGACGCGCAUCGGUGCUCACCAACUACCACUACAAGACCUGCCUGAUGCACCUCCUGCUUCUUCGGCCCCUCUCGGAUUGGGGCCCCGAGGCCAUUGCACCACGGAUACAGGACAUCCUCUUGUAUGCACACACCGCCCUGCAGGAGAAAUACCUCAAACACUUCCUGAUUGGAAACAUUGCCCUGCCUAUCCAGAUCCCGAUGCCCAAGGCCCUCCGGAGUGCCACGCCCUCCAAUCUUUUCCGGCACUUGGAACAGGCCCCCAGCCUGUACGCCGAGGCCAUGAGGGAGUUUGUGGAGGUGGUAGAUCAAGUGAGGUCUCUGUGGUCAGAGUCGGAAGAGUAGCCAAGGUCAGCUCCACAGGAGCCUCAUGCGGCUCGCUGGAAAGGUGGUAUUAUUGUAGCCAGCAAUUAAAACAGUGCUGGGUUAGAAGUAGGGCGGCAACAGCAUUGCUGACCCUGGAGUGGUGGAAUAGGGAGGUCUUUGCGAGCCCCCCUUGCUUCAAAGCGAUCUGCAGAAAGGCGGGUGGGAUUGCCCAAGGGCCCUUCGUAGCAAGCCGGCUUCUAGGCUUAGUGCCAGUGACUCUUCUGUAUUUUUAUAUGCUCCAGUUCCAAAGGAAUUUGCUCUAUAAACUUGAAAUAAAGAUUCCCAGCAA